AGAAUUGCCCUGAAAUCUGGCUAUGGAAAAUAUCUUGGUAUAAAUUCAGAUGGACUUGUUGUUGGGCGUUCAGAUGCAAUUGGGCCAAGAGAACAAUGGGAACCUGUCUUUCAAGAUGGGAAAAUGGCUUUAUUGGCCUCAAACAGCUGCUUUAUUAGAUGCAAUGAUGCAGGUGAUAUAGAAGCAAAAAGUAAAACCGCAGGAGAAGAAGAAAUGAUAAAGAUUAGGUCCUGUGCUGAAAGAGAAACCAAGAAAAAAGAUGACAUUCCAGAAGAAGACAAAGGAAAUGUAAAACAAUGUGAAGUUAAUUAUGUAAAAAAAUUUCAGAGCUUCCAAGACCACAAACUUAAAAUAAGUAAAGAAGACAGUAAAAUUCUUAAAAAGGCUCGGAAAGAUGGAUUUUUGCAUGAGACACUUCUGGACAGGAGAGCCAAACUGAAAGCUGAUAGAUACUGCAAAUGACCAGGAUUUUUGUUUCUGCCUUAUCUUUUUGUUUUUUUCUGAAUAAAAUAGUCAGUGGCAGUACAUAUAC